AUGAGUGUUCGACACAGCUCAUUCUGUUUGCAUUAGGCGGUGAAUGACUAGGCCCCGAAAAAAAAACGAAGUCUUGAUGAUGUUGAUUGCCACUGAGCAAGAAGUUGUUUCUCAUGAUUUCCAUAUCAUCCACUUUCUCAAGUAGCAAUAUGAAUGCAAUCAUCGCUGCGAUAAGAGAGCAAAAGACCGUUCUAAGAAUUCUUAUGACGAUCUCUUUUCUCUUUAUAUGGCUAGCCGUGGAAGAAGAAGAAAGGUACGACCGGCUUUUUAGCAUCAGAGCCAAUGCAGAAAAGUCGAUGAAAGAUUCAGAUAGAUCUUCUUUUGCCUUCGUCUUUACGAUCCCAAAGGAUCAAUUACCAUUGCGAAAGCGAGCAGAAAUCGACUUGAACAAAUCGCCGCCUAGAUCUCCUUCUCUAGUAAGUGAGCAUCCAGACCCUCAGAUGUCGCCAUCGUCUUCUUCUCCUGUACGAAAGCGUAAACAGGACCAAGUUUAUUCUUCGUCAGCAGUAAGUACAGUGCCGACGGAAAGGGAAAAAAGGAAGCGCUUAAGCACGCUGAAAGCUAUGCGGAAAUUCCGAUCUAAAUGGGAUAAGAAAGGUCAUGAGAAAGCUAAAACAACAUUAAAUGCUGACGAAUAUGCGAAAUACAAAGAAAGAUAUGAUCACUACAAAAGACAAGAGGUGGAACGUUCCAAAGAACAAUAUGCCAAAAAUAAGAAAUUAUUAGAGCAAAACGACCCUGCUGCUUUGGAAAGACGUGAAAAAUUAUUGAAAAGGUAUCGAGAGUAUUAUCGUAAUGUUACCAAGCCAAAGAAGCAAAAGAAGGAGAAAGGCAAUGCAGCUGAAGGAGGUCAAGAUAAGUCUACACCAUUCGCAAAACGAGCCGAUCCUGAUACAAGACUGCAAAUAGGUGGUGAUCCUACGCCGGAUCCUCCACCACCGGAAGUGACUGCAGAAACUGAAAAGCAACGUAGACUAGAAGCAAAACGAAAGCGAACACGGGCCUAUAAUGCACAAUUUACCAAGAAAGGAGAAGAAGAGGCACGUCGAACGCUCCCUACAGAAGAAUUUGAAAAGUACCAAGCAAGAUGUCAUAAUUUUCGUGCAAAGCGGCUCAUUUAUGCCAAAGCAGGGCAUCAACGUUUAAAAGCAGCUAUACAAGCCGGAGAUGAACAAGCCUCGCAACGUUAUGAUCGUCAAUUGGAGAUGAAGAAAAAACGGCACGAAAAGAAAAAGUUCGGUACUUUUCUUAGUACCGGUCUGCAGGUUAGAAAACCGGGAAACAGAAAAGGAGGUGAUGAUGAUACUCUUAAAGCUCUUUUAGAACAGCCAUUGGAUUCCACUACUAGGCAGGAUAUCGAAAGACGCCUUAAGCGCCGUGAAAGAGGACGAAUAGAUUUCAGAAAAAGCGUCAUUCGUGCCAAAGAAGGAGAUCCGAAAAGCGUAGAAUGGCUUGAAAAACGCAAGAAAAAGAACAGGGAAUACAUGCACAGGUACAGGGCGGAGAAAGCGAAGACUAACUUGGAUAGUAAGAGCCCUUCUGCCUCCUCCACCGAUUGAACAGAAUCAUUGUC